UACGCCCUGUUCAUUUCAAUGGGUACGCACCUCGCCUCAUCCGAUCCAACUCUUCUGCCUUGGUUAGCUGCUGUGCUUGUAACUGGCUAGCGUUAGCUACUAAGCUCCUGCUUAUCGUGUUUUUGACGAAGAUCGAAAGAGUGCGUAUGAUUUGGAGGGACUAUAUUGUAUUUUCUACCUGGGAAUCCUACACGACUUGGAUAUAAUACGAAGAUUUUGGCCGUUUGGAUCGUGGAGUUCGCUUGUCUUGACUGGUUUGGGAAAAUCCACUGCCUAUCAAAUAACAGGUCUUUAAGAUGCUACAGUAAGUGUGGAGCUGAAUCCUAGCUGAAGCCUCAGCAUGUCUGUCCUGCUGACGGUGGUGGUGAUGGGUGUGGUGGGGUGGGGGGCCGUGGUCCAGGGGGCUCCGUGUCCCGGAGGGGGCCUGGCUGACUGCCCUACCCAGCAGAGCAACACCUCCGGUGGGGGUAAAACCUCCAGGGACUACUGCUACACUGCCCGUAUCCGCUCCACCGUGCUCCAGGGCCUGCCCUUUGGAGGGGUGCCCACCGUCCUCGCACUCGACUUCAUGUGCUUCCUGGUACUCCUGUUUGUGUUCUCCAUCUUGAGGAAGGUAGCGUGGGACUACGGCCGCUUGGCAGGCUCGUAUUUGUUACGACGUGGCCAAGCUGAUGUCCCUCAACUCAGAAAGGAAGAAGACUGAACGUAGCAUGAAGUUCUUUAAAGACCUACAGUCCAAGGAGCACAUCCCCUCCAUGAUCAACCCCAAACCCUGUGGACAUCUCUGCUGCUGUAUUAUCAAGGGCUGUGAACAGGAGGAGGCAGUGAGUUACUACACCAAGCUGGAGUCCAAGCUGAAGGAGGAGUACAGGAAGGAGAGAGAGAAGGUCAACAGUAAACCACUAGGAAUGGCCUUCGUUACGUUCCAGAACGAAGCCAUGACCGCCAUUAUCCUGAAGGACUACAAUGCGUGUAACUGUCAGGGCUGCCACUGUCAGAGGGAACCCAGGUCUUCCUCCUUCAGCCAGCACCUUCACACGUAUUCCUGGACGGUCGGCUACGCACCAGACCCACAGAACGUCUACUGGGAGCAUCUGUCAGUCGGAGGGUUCCCCUGGUGGCUGAGAUGCUUCAUCAUCAACUGUAUCCUCUUCCUCCUCCUCUUCUUCCUCACAACCCCCGCCAUCAUCAUCUCCACCAUGGACAAGUUCAACGUCACCAAGCCUGUCGAGUACCUCAACAACCCCAUUGUGACCCAGUUCUUCCCCACCCUGCUGCUGUGGGCCUUCUCCGCCCUGCUCCCCACCAUCGUAUACUACUCGGCCUUCUUCGAGGCCCACUGGACACGGUCUGGAGAGAACAGGACAACCAUGCAUAAAUGUUACACCUUCCUCAUCUUCAUGGUCUUACUGCUGCCCUCUCUAGGACUCAGCAGUCUGGACGUUUUCUUCAGAUGGCUGUUUGACAAGCGCUUCCUGGCCGACGCUGCUGUGAGGUUUGAGUGUGUGUUCCUGCCUGACAACGGGGCGUUCUUUGUGAACUAUGUCAUCGCGUCGGCGUUCAUCGGUAACGCCAUGGAUCUGCUGAGGAUCCCUGGUCUGCUCAUGUAUAUGACCCGGUUGUGUCUGGCUCGCUCUGCUGCCGAGAGACGCAACGUCAAGAGGCACCAGGCGUAUGAGUUCCAGUUCGGGGCGGCUUACGCCUGGAUGAUGUGUGUCUUCACUGUGGUCAUGACAUACAGCAUCACCUGUCCAAUCAUCGUCCCCUUCG